AUGCCGUCAGACUCGCUGCGCACGCUCUUCGUAGUCUUCCGACUUGGCGCUGCACUGACCACCUACACCACGCCUACCGUCGAGCACGAGAUUCCUGCUGAUCAUGAUUCGCUGCAAUACCUGACGGAUGGCAGGGCAUCGCGACGAGAGGGCACUGCUUGUGCGGAGAAGAUCAAAGCCGCAAGCAUCUCCUACUCGACUGUCCUGUUUUUCUAUCGCCAAUCGCAAUUCGAUCAGCCUUAUCCUGGGCGGAGGCAUCGUCUCAGGCCCAAGGGGGGGGGGCACAAGGAUGCAUGUCUAGCCGCACCCUGGUUCCUCGAGAAAGCCGGCAAGUUGGUUGGCACCCACUCAAGUUCAUUCGCCCAACUCUCGAGGGCCGUUCGACAGUUUUAG